UGCAAGGCACCCUGUGUCUUCAUCAACGCGUCUCCGGGUGUGAUGUCCAAAUAUAGCAGCUGGGACGUCAGAGGGAAAACUAACACAGUGUUUUUGGAAAGCCACCUGCCAUUAUGGGAUUGACAGAUUAUGAAAAGCUGAUGUAACUUGGCAUCCCGGUGAGGGUUUUGUUUUGAGGAUGAAUAACAAAAAACGGUUUGAUCAACCGCUUGAACACGGGGGCACGCCUAGCGCGGUAACAUCGUUUGUUUUAUAUAUUUAGAUUUUUUUUCUUCUUUUUUUUCUUUGGAACAUCUUUUAGGUCAACAUCUUUUGGGGGCUGUAUCUCGGUAUAAUGCUCCAGUGAGCUGAUUCCUUGUGCAUGAAAUGACUUGACAUCCUCCCGACCACCGAGUGCGACUCAGUGCGCGUGUGCCUGAGCGUCCACGGAGGGAGAGAGAGAAUAAGCAACUUUGUGACCAAGCAUAGCUGUGUCUACAGGAACAGCGUGGGGAGAAAAAAAGCAUUUGACAGUUAUGGUUGUUCAGCGUUUCUUUCAUCCCGCAUUAGUGACGACGAACGUGCUCGCGUACAAUAGCGCCCGUUUCCUAUUUCGUUUUGACGGAUUAAAAAUAAAAGACGCGCCGAAAUACCCAGCGAGCCUACAUCUUCAUCAAUGUGCGCGAGAUGACAUUGAGGAUACCUUAGCAGGACUGUGAGCUUGGCCGUCAUUUGCAGGAAAAUGCAUCUUUGGAUUCCAUAUGUUUUGCUGAGUGCAACGUCAGUGUGCACUGUUGAGAUGUUGAGCCAUUAUGGAGAAAUAUGUCAAGGACUAUGUGCCUGUGAGGAGAGAGAAGGGGUGCUUACGGUGAGCUGUGAAAACAGAGGAAUUGAAAGUCUCUUAGACAUAAGCCCAGUGUACUUCUCCCAGUAUCAUCUGCUGCUUACUGGAAAUCUUUUGAAAAAGCUAUCCACCAAUGAUUUCGCUGAGUACAAAGGACUUACAAUAUUACAUCUGGGAAAUAAUGAAAUAUCUGAUCUUGAAGCAGGAGCUUUUAAUGGACUGCAGGAAUUAAAACGAUUACAUCUCAACAAUAACAAAAUUGAUGCCUUGAAGGAAGAGUUUUUCUUUGGCCUUGAUAGUCUGGAAUAUCUACAACUUGAUUAUAAUUAUAUCACUCAUAUUGUGCCAAAUGCCUUCAGCAGACUUCGACAUUUGGAGGUCCUGAUUCUAAAUGACAAUUUAAUAUCUGCCCUGCCCGUAAACAUUUUCAAGCAUGUACCAUUGACCCACUUAGACUUAAGGGGAAAUCAGCUCAAAGUACUUCCCUACACAGGUCUGUUGGAGCACAUGAACAGUGUUGUGGAGUUGCAGCUGGAGGAGAAUCCGUGGAACUGUUCCUGUGAGUUGAUUGCUCUUAAAACCUGGCUCGAGAGCAUAUCAUACACAGCUUUAGUUGGGGAUGUUGUUUGUGAGUUCCCUUUUCGGCUUCACGGGAGAGACCUUGAUGAAGUUUCAAAACAAGAGUUGUGCCCGAGGAGAGCCAUUGCUGAAUAUGAGAUGCCACCCCUGCCGCAUUUGAGCACCGAUGCAUACUAUAGAACCACGCCAGCUCUUACAGCCUCCUUCACUUCAUCUGGGUUCGCACGGUCCUCAUCAAGACCCACUAAGGGACCUCGACAGUCAGCCAAAUUAAAAUCAAGACCCACAGCUCGCAUUUUAUCCAAUAAACCACAAAAUUAUGGCCAAAUUAUUUCAUAUCAGACCAAAUCCCCCGUGCCUUUAGAUUGCCCAACAGCCUGCACUUGCAAUCUUCAAAUUUCAGACCUUGGCCUGAAUGUGAACUGUCAGGAGCGAAAGAUCGAGCAGAUCUCCGACUUAAAUCCCAAACCUUACAAUCCCAAAAAGAUGUAUCUCACUGGGAAUUACAUCACUGUGGUUCGCAGAUCAGACUUUAUUGAUGCAACUGGAUUAGACUUGCUUCAUCUUGGUAACAAUCGAAUAGCCCAAGUAUAUGACAGAGCUUUUGCUGAUUUGACAAAUCUUAGAAGACUAUACCUUAAUGGCAAUUUAAUAGAUCAUCUUCCAGCUGAUAUAUUUUACGGAUUAGAUAGCCUGCAGUUCUUGUAUUUAGAAUAUAAUGUAAUUAAAGAGGUUGCGUCUGACACCUUUCAGCAUGUACCUAAGCUUCAGCUUUUAUUUCUAAACAAUAACCUACUAAAAACUUUACCAGAGGGAACCUUUACUGGUCUGACGUUAGCCAGACUAAAUCUUCGCAACAACCAUCUUCGAUAUCUGCCAGUCAGGGGUGUGCUAGAUCAGCUUACAGCACUGGUACAAGUUGAUUUGUUUGAAAAUCCCUGGGAUUGCUCAUGUAGCAUACUGGAGUUGAAGAUGUGGCUGGAGCAGCUCAGCACGGGCACAGUUGUAAACAAUGUCAUCUGUGGAUCGCCUAAGAAACUAGCUGGAGAAGACAUGAGAUACAUUAAGACGACUAAUUUCUGCCCUAAUAACUCUGACAUACUUGCCUCCAUGAUCCCACCGUCUGAAGAAUCUUUUCCUGGAAGCACUAUCACCAUAGAAACAUCCUUGGACUCUGACACUCAGUACAGCACCAUUCCUUUAUCUGUGAUGAUUCUUGCCCUUCUCCUCAUGUUCAUUAUGUCUGUGUUUGUGGCUGCAGGGCUGUUUGUGGCGAUGAAAAAGAGACGUCAAAAGAGUCAAAAUGAGCAGAAUAACUCAAUGAAUGCUUGCAUUAGCUCUCUCAACAUGGAAUAUGGCCUUUACAAAAAAGGAUCCAUCCCCAAAGUCAGGACAUCCAGCGGACAUGUGUACGAGUACAUCCCACCUCCUGCAGAAUCUACAUGCAGAACCACUGCUCACACCCCAACGGACAAUAAAUCAGCGGACGGAUUUAGAGACUUUGAUGAGUUGAGUGGCGCUUUUCUGGGUAACUCAGAUGAAGAGGCAGCCAGUAAUGUAAUAAGCUCAGAAUACAGUGCCACCACUCCAGAGCCUCUUAACAAGCCCUCCACCCCUCACCAAAAUGAUCCGUGCUACUACAGGGAUAUACUUGAGCCUGACAAGCACGCACGCUACAGCAAUACGUUGCCAUGCAGACAUACAGCACAUUCAUCAAAUCAGUAUGCCACAGACUUUGAUGCAAGGCAUCAGUACGUUCCCCCUGAAAGAAUACAACAGACAAUACUGUAUUGUACAUCGCCAAGUACUGUUUAUGUGGAGCCGAACAGGAGUGAGUACUGGGAACUGAAAGCAAAGCUUCACAUUGACCCAGAUUACCUGGAGGUUCUUGAAAAACGAACUACAUUCACACAGUUUUAAGAGACUUGGCGGCCCACAGAUGGUCAGAGUGGACGGAUUUCUGUGAUGCAUCUAUUUUAAUCAGGAGUCGUAACAUGUCAUAAAAAAAAUAGGCAUAAUUAUUUUCUCAACUUUAGUACAGUGCAUUGGGAGCUACGGCGUGCACUUCUCGGAGUCAUGCCUAACAGAAGUGAGCAAGAAAAGACAACACGCUUCAUUUUAAAUUAUCACUUAACACUUUAUCCCUGUUUUGUUUAACAGUUUGGUUUAAUUUUAAAAAUAUAAACAAGAAAGCACAGAUUCAGGGCUCUUAUGACUCAUCUCUAUCCUGGAGCUGUAUCAUUGACAACAAUGUGAGACUGAGCUUUAACUCCCAAAUUAGCUGCAUUUUAUGAGUGCUAAUGAACCGUGCAGACGACAUGUACUUGUCCCAAAAUAAACCAGGUUUUUUGUCACAGAUACAUGUAUUGCUGCCAGUUCUGUCUUUUCAAAUUUAUUCAAAAUGAAACACGUGCAUAGGACUAAAACAAAUUUGUCCUGCAAAUAGAUUUAUAGCCAUGAAGUUGACCUUUUAGGUAGACAAAAGUCACUUAAGCACUGAGCCAGACCCAUUUAGCUAUGCAGUCCUCCAGGAUUCACAGCUCUGAGGUGAUAAUAUUUAAUGCAUUAGAUCAUGGAAUAAAUUCUAAAGUAAUGUUUCAACCACAGAUUAUGAGACUCAUAAAUCACAGCUCACUUGUUGGGAGGUUUUAAAGAGAAUAAUCACAAUAAUUCAUAUCCUACAAAUAUAUUGAACUGGCCCAGUACAAUGAAAUCCCUCAAAGACUACCUAUCCCCAGCCUGACAGCACUUAGUGAUUAUGAUUAUGAAAGCAUGUUGGCCUGGAGUUAAAUUUGAUGCAUUGUAAUUGUGCUCAAAAAUGUUGUAACUAAAACAUUAUAAUCAUAACUGUAUUCAGGUGUAUUGUAAAGGAAAGAAAAUGAGCUUUAACUGCCGUUGUUUGUCAUGUGUUACAAAUGUGUGCAAACAGUGUGUCUGGCAUUUUACAUAAACACACGCUUACACCCUCAUCUGUUACGUGUACCACUACCAAAGCAGUCCACAAAAGAAUAAUAUAUAUAUAUAUAUAUAUAUAUAUGCAAAUUUUGACAUCCACAAGUUUACAUCAAAACACAGUCCUGUGAAAUAUUGAACUUAUAAUAACUCUUUACUGUAAGUGUCAGAAUGUGUCUACUGUAGUAUCCCAGUUACAACAGAUUUGAGUGAAUUUACAAUACAAUGAGAUAUAUCUGCAAAGUAUUCUGUCUGAAACUCAGUUCAGAUUUUUCAAUGUUUUGGCCUUAGGCUCAUACACUAUAAACAUUUGAGUAACUGCAAAUUCUUAUGCAAACAAAUAUGGUUAUCGAGCUUUUUGUCAGUUAUUUGGUUUAUUAUGUUUUAUUUUAUAUAAAAAAAGAAUGCACUAUGACUUUUACAGGUCAAAAAUGAUGUCACUUUCUGAAAUGCACAAUGUAGUAGUGUGCAUAUAGCCAUAGAAAUAGAUUUAAUAAUUUCAUACAUAAAGAUUACAUCUGUCAAAAACUCUUGCACUAUGCAUAGAUAUGGAUUAUCCUUAGACAAUCUCUGCAAACCUGCCCACCGCUCACCCCUCCGUCACCAAAAGCAUCCAUAAACACAAAAUUUAAUAAUACUAUCACAUCCCAUAACUCCUCAUUUGGAAUUCAGCACACAUGAAUAUUCAGAGGUACUUUUGUACCACAUUUUGGAUAAUUCAUUUAUUCGCAAAAGUAAUAUAUUUUUAAUUACAUGUGUUUUUAGGGGAAUACUGAGUGGAUUUGCUUGGCAUUGUUUGUCUCAUUUGUUCGGUUCGGGGUCGCAAGAAAUUAGACAGUUUUACUGCAAUUAGCAGUCUCCGCUUGUCUCUUUCUUAGGGAGGGAUUGAUGGUUAGUGUAACAACUGUGUAAAAAUCUGCAAGCGCUUUAGCAUUAUGAGAUUGAAAAGCACAACAAAUGAAUGCAGCGAUUGAAUGGAUAAAAUGCAUAAAAUUUUUAAUGCUCUAAAGGAAGCUAAACACAUCAUGUAGUCAUAACGCCGCCUAACCAGUUUCUAGGUCAAUAGCGAAUGCCUAGAAAUGUGACUUUCCCUGCGAACAUGCAGCAAAUUCACAUCAUAUGCAGUGUUAUGCACCGAACCUGUCAUUUUAAUUCAGCUAAUUACAGGACAUGGACCUUGUCUGCAUGUCACCAAAUAUUACACUGCAGUAUUAGUCAUGCUGUUUACCAUGCUGUUUACAGUCUGGGUUUGUUGCCUUUCACGUGUUCAGUCAUUUUGUGAUUCUUUUGUCACUUGACCUGUCUCUGUGCUUUAGAAAUUCAGCAGAACAAAAGAACUGAAGUCUGCACAGAAAAUAAAAAAGCAUGUACCUACACAGCAGGUUUGUUUUUAAAGAUUACAUUGCUGUGAGUCAGUGUUGAAAACAAUGUAAAACUGCAGACAUGCACAGACUGAUCCACAAAAAAUGUUUGUGUUGUGAACAGUGACUGGCAUUUAAUUGAUUGUUUCAGUUCUCAAACUUCUUUUUUACACGUGUCAGUUUGUACAUCCCAGACUAAUGGAACAAAAGAGUGGAUAAUCCAGUAUUAAAAGGAAAAUGUAUUCUGUGGGAGAUUCCAUGCUUAAUUUUAUUUAUAUAUUCUUUUGUUUGUUUAUUUUUUUACAGAAUCUUGCAAAAAAGAAACUGCGUAAUCGAACAACAGGAUUUGCUGUAUAUAACAGAAAUUUGUAAUCUGUUUUCUCUUGGUCAGAUUUUUGUAAUCAUUGACCAAAUGCAGAUUUUUUGUCACAUGUAAGACUACAAAUAUUGAUCAUUCAAAACUGUGUUAAAUUGAAACGUGACUGUCCUGUGUAUAUGUGCAAAUGUUCAAUUUGCAAAGAAGACAAGGUGAAGUCAGUGUCUUAUUCGAUUUUGUUUGUUUUUCAUAUGAAACAGUGAUUUCCUGUGUAAACCUUUGAUUUGUAAAUAGAACACUUCAUCAGCCUUUUCAUGCAAACUUGCAUCUUUUUUUGAAAAGCAAAAACCUGGUCUCUUCUUGCAAAAACACAGUACAACUAGGAAUAUGUGGGGUAAAUAUAUCUACAAUGUGCUGUUUCUUUAGUUGUUAGCUAAUGAAUAAAACAUAUGCAUUCAUUUGA